AUGGUUUGGCGGACGGAGACAAACCGGCGAAGGAUUAACGCGGAAUGUGAAUUGAGAAGGCGACGGGGCGCGUUGGUGGCGGGACCCAGCCACAUCAUUGGAAUAGAAGUUGCCUCACUUAGCAAUUUUGAUACCACGACGAAGACACUCAGGGAUGUCAAUCUAGUUAAGACCAACAUUGGUGGUAACAGUCAGACCAACUUUCAAAAGCAGUUAGAGGAUGUUGAUGUUGAUGGGUGCACCUCUAGAGGAAAGGAUGGCUUUUAUGGAUUUAGAGUGAGUGGACAAGAACUGGAGUAG